ACUUUCACUCUUUGGAUUCUUUCCUUCACAAACCACAAACAACUUUGUCUAAUUUGGAUCACACACUGCCAACAGCAAGAGCUUCACGUUUCACUUUUCUCUUCUCACUCAAGAUAGGAUUUCAACUUCUUCAAGAAAAACACAGCAAUACUCAUCAAGAGAAGCAACAUCAACCACCCACAAACCAGUUAGGUGAGUUGAGUUCAACAUAUUGUGCCAAAAGGAAAAACAAAAAUAACCAUUUUCUAGGCUUUAUUUAAGAUAGAGAGUACUUGUUUGUAUAUAUCCCAUGUUUGAGUGUAUAACACUGCGAGUUUAAGUUAAGGUGUCAACAGGAUGUGACUAUGAUUAUGUUGGGUGAGGAACAUCGUUUCAUGGGUGUGUUGUGUCUUUAUGAUCUGUGAGAUGUCAGAAAACAUGUUUCCUAGGUUGUUUUUUGACCAUACCCAUUUGAAGAUGGCUUGGAUUGAGCAUCAAAUCCAGCAAAAAGAUGGUUACUUGAGCUACCCACCCCCGGGUUUGUCUUCAUCAUCUUCAUACCCUGGUGCUGCUUUCCACAAGGAAUCCAUGCCCUCUUCAACACCUUCACCAUCUGGAACUAGAAUUAGUCCUGCUGUUCUUUUCAUCAUAGUGGUUCUUGCUGUUUUGUUUUUCAUUUCUGGUCUACUCCAUCUGCUUGUUAGAUUUCUGAUAAAGCAUCCAUCUUCUGCUUCUGCUCAAUCCAAUAGACACCCAGAAAUUUCCACUUCUGAUGCUCUUCAAAGACAGCUGCAACAGCUCUUCCAUCUCCAUGAUUCUGGUUUGGAUCAAGCUUUCAUUGAUGCACUCCCUGUUUUUCAGUACAAGGAGAUUGUGGGUCUGAAAGAGCCAUUUGACUGUGCUGUUUGUCUCUGUGAGUUUUCUGAGAAAGAUAAGCUAAGGUUGUUGCCUAUGUGCAGCCAUGCUUUUCACAUCAGUUGUAUUGACACAUGGCUGUUGUCAAACUCCACGUGCCCUCUUUGUAGAGGAACCCUCCUCACUCCUGGAUUUUCUAUUGAAAACCCAAUAUUUGAUUUUGAUGAUCUGAGGGAGGAUGAUGGGUGUCCUUGUAAUGUGGAAAAUGGAUUCACUACAAGACAGAAAACUGUUGUUGUUGAAGAAACUGUAGACAAAGGUGUUUUCCCUGUGAGACUUGGUAAAUUCAAGAAGCUGAAUGUCGAGGGUGGGGACAAUGGAGUGGUGGGAGAGACAAGUAGCAGUAAUUUGGAUGCAAGAAGGUGUUACUCAAUGGGAUCUUACCAGUAUGUGGUUGGAAAUUCAGACCUCAGGGUGGCGUUGAACCAUGACCAUAAAGGUCAAGUUACAAGCCUCACCAAAGGAACAGAACAUGGUGAUGAUAAGCUUUCAGUGGUGGGGGAUAUGGAAGCAAAGAAGAUUAGUAGUGUCACUAAAGGUGACAGCUUUUCUGUGUCCAAAAUCUGGUUGUGGCCAAAGAAGGGAAAAUUACCUAGUUCUUUGGAUGCUCAAAUAGGCAUGCCAUCUUAUCUUAAUACAGGUUUGCAAGGGAUGAGGGAAAGAGAAGGGGCAUGAAGGUAUCAACAUUGUUUUUUUUUUUUUACUUCCUUCUUUUACUUGAAUUCAUUUCAAUCCAUUGAUUAAAGCUUCCCUCUUGCCUUAGAAUUCCAAAAAAUUUUGGUGUGCUAAUUUUGACAUUGUGAUGACUGAUUGUGUGCCAUAAUAUUGAUGUGUUAUUAUUGUACCUUAAGAAGAUAUAAGAAAUACAUCUCUUUCUUUUUUCAAACAGAUCUUAGGACUCCAUGGUUUGAUGAAAUUGGAUUUGUGAUGGUAACUGUUGAUCUAAGCUUAUUUGGUUAUGCAAAGUGAAAAUAUCAACACAGCCUUCCUAGAUAUUUUUCAACUCCAUAGUUCAACAAUAUUGUAUAAUUUUUUCAAUGAUAAUUUUUAUGAGGACAGAUCUAGGCUAGUUGAUUGAAUUUGGUUGUGGAGUCUAGCCUGUUUCAAAGCCAGACUUGUCUCUUUCUGUCACUGUUCUCUUACCAUCACUAUGAGUAUGUCUACUUGAUCAUGACAUGUGGCAAGUGCACUUGCUUUCUUUGCUUUUUAAGGCUUUUGGAUUUUUUUAAUAUCUUUUUUUUUUUCUUUAUUAUUGGCAUUACACAUACUUUUUGGGAGAGUGUGAAUGUAAACACUUUUUUGCCUAAUAUCUUUUUGGCUGGGCAGUUGGGCAGUGAUAGUGGGAUCCAUGAAAGCUGGUGUGACAGAAUCUUUUUUC